CUCAUCAUGAAGUUUUCGGUCAUCUUAGCAGUGCUGGCAACGCUAGGAUCAGCAAACAGCGACGUGCAUCCUCGCUCGCUAACAAAGCGAGGGAUCCCAUAUGCAGGAAAUUCACCGACAUGGGGCAAUCUCUCGUACGUAACGUCGUGGACGUACACAUCGCUCGCCUACACUGCACUUGAAGCCUCCAAUUCGACUUCUGAACUUACCUGGCUGUGCGACAACUUCAACGAGACCUCAUCACGCUAUGUGGAAACGUUUCCGGAUUAUAACGACAUAACGAAAAUAUCUCGGGAAGUCAUAUGUGAUGCAGUUCAUGCGGGACUACCUCCCCCUUCGCCGAUUUGGUUUAACAAUCUUUGGCACAUGAAAACCUUCAUGGGAGGUGUCUUCGCUGUACAGGGGUACGGGGGCACGCCCUUCGAUAAGCAGGGCGACAAUAUCCAGUUUUUUGCGGAUAUGUGCUGGUAUGUGGAAAACAGCCUUUUGACGGGAUUGUGGGCACCGAUUCGCGAAACGGAACAAGGAGCCAUAGACGUUGAAUCGGCUUGGUGCAUUCUUUCUGGAUACUUUGGCGCAGGAGAUUGGUCGCAGUACAAUGCUGGGAAUGUGAGUGCCGAAGUGGCGGCGCAAGCUGAUCUGCUGGUGUCGAAAGUGAUGGCGAGGGUGUUCAAGGUGGUAGCGAAGGAGCAAAAACAGAUUGACUACGUUUGCGACAACUAUGAGAGGUAUCGAGAAGGCAUAGCGAGGAUGAAGCUGGACACUUCUGCGAUUGAAGAGUUGAUCUGCGCGGGACAGAAUCGCGAAGUUGUGCAGGCUGCUCAAGCGAAGACAGAAAUGCUCGACGCUAUGACCGAUCUGUACAUUUUCCAGAUGCUGCAUGCGGGGACUUAUGAGGGAUACCAUGCGUACCUUUGCAACACGCUCAGGGCAGAUACGUACUAUGCGAAGGCGGGAUUGGACGGGAAGAGGGUAGUCGAAUCUGCGUGUUCGGCGGCGAAGACCUAGAAU